AUGAAUUAUGAUAAAUCGGAGAUAAAAUUAGUAUUAUUUUCCACCCCGAAACAGCAACAACAGGAAGAAAAAAAGAAGUUGAAUGCAAAGCCACGUGAAAAAUGUUUAACGAUGCUACAUGAAACUUUAUUCAACUUACCAACAACAUCAAAACUGACACCCACAUUAAGAUGUAAAUUUUUCUCUUAUCCGUCCUCUUACACGCUUUCAUUUCCUAGAGAUUUCUAUAAUGAAAUGAAAGAAAUCUGA